AUGUCGACCAACGAUCUACAAGCCCUCUUUGCGAACCUCAAGCCAAAGGCGCGAGACUCAGCUACGCCGUCCCAAGCCUCUAAUCGCCCUGGCUCUAGCGGACUUCCAUCUCAUCCACUACCCUCCAGUUCUGGACCACCCUUCACCUCCAUCACUAACGGAUCCUCCUCUGCCCACAUGACACCUCAAGCCGGUCCUGCUCCUACUGUCACAGCUCAGUCCCUCCUCAACCUACUCAAUUUCGGUACCUCAACCCAGCCCGGUGGCGACGGUGGAGCCAAUGCCUUCCCUACUGCUGUCAAAGUUCAAGAUCAAGACAAGAAUGGGGUUAAAGGCAUGAAUGGAAAGGAGAAUACGGCUGGACCACCACAAGUGUCGGCUUCAGAUUUGGUCGCGAAGUUUAUGAGUCCUCCACCUUCUGGGUCUCGAGCCGGAUCGAAGUCGCCUUUCAAACUGGAAGACCAAGGCGGAGGUGGUGGUCAUCCACAACCUACUGCCGCUCGAGACGCUUCUCAAGAUGCUCUUUUGAAGCUUCUCUCCAAGGCUCACCCGGGCACUGCGACACUGGGACGACAGACCUCUGUAGAAAGAGUUCGACCACAACCAGCUGACACAGAGACCAAGAACGAAAGCCAGCCAACUCCAACCUCCGCUGACCUACCUGUUCGCAUCUUCCGUGCAAAUUCGAGCAAAGAACCAUCCUCAAUUGAAGUCGGUUCGAAAGCCGAAACCAAACAGCCAGGUCAAGACAAACCGCUCUUCACCUACGUCAACCCUUUCGAAGCCCUCAAGAAUUCCCGUCCACAAACGCCGAAAGCCGAAGUCGCUGCUCCGGCUCAAGAACCCAAUGAUGUACCAAUUCAAAGCAUUGAGGCAGAUGAUGAUCGACAAUGGGAGGGUGCGUCGCCUCUUGCGAGUGCCGGGCAGGUUGCCAGGAGAAAGAUCCUUACCCCUCGACUGGCAUCUGCGAGCAGACAAGGAACAAUCUCUCGUGAGGCUUCAGUUGCUAUCCCAGAGAAGGAGGAAAAGCCUGUGACGUUGGACUCUGUCCUCGAUAAAUUGACUGCUGCAGCUUCGAAGCCCGUGUCGGCAGCAGCACCAAAGAUCAGCAACGGCGAAUCAUUCGAGCCAGCCAACCAGAAGAAACCUGUUGAACAUGCUGCCGCAGCAAAAGCUGCCGAGGAAGAACCUGAUGGCGCUGACGAGUGGGAAGAUACAGAGGAGUUGCCCAACAAGGCUUCCAAAGAGCGGGUUGUUCCCGUCUACAAUUUCCCCAUCAAACCAUUCGUCUCACUCACAUUGCAACUCGGCGAAAGUUCUGACAUCGGCAUUCGGGACGACGGCGUCAUGGAGAUAUCAAGGCUCAAGAAAGAGUUCGACCAGUUGGACCGCUCCCUGGCGGCGGCCACUUCAAAGUAUAUCGGCUAUGCCCUGGUCAAGAACGGCGGUAUGAGAAUCAUACGACAGGAGGAUGGAACUGACCGACAAGUCUUCAAGAACUCGCAUGACCGUAUCUUUAACAUCGCAUUUUGCACCACCUCACCUAAUGGUACUCCUUCAGAUGACCAAGCAAUCCUCGGCACAGGAGUGAGUGGCGCUGUGUAUUACGCAACCAUCAGAAAAGACAGCAACGACCUAUUCGAGAAGAAUGAGCUCGACUCGGACAGUUUAAUCUUCCCUCCCUAUCCUCCGGCCGACGAGAACACUGCAGGUGGUGUGCUAAAGACCCGAGCCAAGCGGAGUUCACGACAUCCCGAAUUUUUUGCGAUCGGCAGAGGAAAAGCCAUACACCUCAUUUGGCCUACUACAGCUCUCUCUUCGCGUUACGGCAUCACUGAAGAGAACCGCCGGGUUGAUGUUGACAAAUUCUUCCAAGAGCGAGCCUUCCAGAUCUCUACAGGAAAGGCCGGCAAAGACUUUACCUUCAGCGAGGAUGACAGCGCCAUCGUUUCUUUGGACAAGACCGGAAGGCUCCGAUUCUGGGAUAUUCGUAAGCUUAUCGAGGAGUCCAAUGCUACAGCUGCGCACGUUGCGGGCAUGACGGUCGAGACGCCUUUGCUGUCGCUCUCGACCGCGUCACCAACAGAGAAGUCCUGGCCAACCUCGGUUCUCUUUGUCGACAAGGCGCGCCCUUAUGUGAGAGGAGGCGCUUUGCGAUAUGUCCUCGUUGGCUUACGACAAAACCACACUCUCCAGCUCUGGGAUAUUGCCCUGGGAAAAGCAGUUCAGGAGAUCAACUUCCCUCAUGAAAACGAGACUGAUGGCAUCUGUAGUGUCAACUACCAUCCUGCCAGUGGCAUCAUCGUCGUCGGACACCCUACGCGUAAUUCCCUUUUCUUUAUCCACCUGUCAGCUCCACGAUAUACUCUCAGCUCAUCAUACUCUCAAGCGGCAUACGUUCAACGAAUUGCUGCGAAAGACCCCGAGCUUCCGAAACCAGAUUCCACUGCGUGCAUGAGUGGUAUACGUGAGAUUGCUUUCACCGGCAGAGGUCAGCUUAGAAGUGUCGAGCUUCUUCCAAUUCAUCGAACACCGGAGGAGCAAAAGGCCAUUGACGCGAAGUCGGCACUGUUCGAGCUCUACAUUGUGCACUCCAAAGGUGUUACCUGCUUGAGCAUUGCCAAAGAAGAUCUCGGCUGGGAUGCUGAGAGUAAGGUUGUUCAUCCUAUUGACGCUGCAAAGGAAGGUAUUGUCGACCUCAAAGAGUUGAGGCUCGGAAGUGUCAUUGAAGAACCACAAGACAGUAAGAGUGCUGUCGAAGAAGUACAGCAGCCGGCGAAAGCAUCGAAGAAGAAGGCUGCGAAGAAAUCUGAAGCUGCUGCCGAACCCGAACAAGUGGAGAUGCAAGACGCUGAGCCAAUCGCCUCGGCCCAGUCCCCUGUCGCCGAUGCCGAGGCAGCAGUAUCCGAAUUGCCGCCAACUAAGCAGAGCAAGAAAAGCAAGAAGAAGGCCACACCAGCUGCCGAGACCCCCGUGCCGGAAAAGGUCCCUUCACGUACCACCUCACCAACCAAGGCCUUGCCCACAGUGACAGACGCGCCUCCAGCCGCAAAGACCAACGGCAUAGAAGAUGCUGCUUCAAAGCAGCCUGCUGCAGCUCCAGCUGAAGAGCCUUCGACCAAAGCAGACUCUGUCAGUAUUGGUAUCUCCGGAGAUUGGCUUGACAAAGAGCUCAAGAAAGUGGAACGUGGAGUAUCAAACGAAUUCCGGAAAGAGUUGAACAGCCUGUAUCAGAGUAUCCAAAAUGACCGUGUGGUGCAGGACUCGGCAUCUGUUGCUCGUCAAGAGGCAGUUCUCCGACUCGUAUCUACCACUCUCACGAACAACGUUGAGAAGGCUUUGUCGCGAAUAUUGGCUGCGCAGAUGCAUCAAUCGAUGGUUCCCGCGCUUACUGAGGCCACUGUACAAGCUGUCAGCAGUCAAGUGGGAGGAGCUGUUCAGAAGUCGCUCCACUCGAUGAUGCCUCAAGAAUUGAGUCUUCAACUCCCAGUGGCCAUCAACAACGCUUUGCAGAGUCCUCAGAUGAGUCGAGUUAUCGCGGAUACCAUCUCACAGAAGAUAUCGAAACAGACUGAGAUGCAGUUGGCAGACGCACUGCAGAAGCAGAUUGUACCAGCAUUCAAGACCUUGGCAGUAUCAGCCGCCGAGAAAGCCGCCACUGAGGUUGAGGUUCGACUCCGAAAUGAGAUUAACCAGCUGGCGGCCGAUAGGAAGCAUGACCUGACCAGGCUUGAAAAGCUCGGUCAAGUCCUUCAAGCGACGUCUGAAACCCUUCAGCAAAUGUCUAAUACACAGGUUGCAUUCCAGGGUCAGAUACUCAAAGAUCGUCGUCAGUUGGCCUUACUUGGAGAAGGCAGUACGCCUUCUGGUUCACACCAGGUGUCGACAGCUCGAAUGACACCAUCUCCACAGGGCUUUGGUCGGCAAAUGGUGCCGCGCCAGAAGACGAAGGAAGAACUGGAGUUGGAGGAGAUCACGGAAUUGAUGAACGAUGGCCGGUAUGAGGAGGGAUCGAUCAAGUGGCUACAGUCAAGCCAGCCUGUGGAGCUGUUCGACAAGCUCUUCAUCCAUUUCACUCCAGAAUACCUCGCGACGGACGUGUCGCCUCUGAUUGCCUUCUCCAUCGCUGUUACAAUCGGCAACUCUCUGACGACCAAUACUGCUCGGAGACUGGAAUGGGUACUUGCUGCGUUCAAUGCCGUUGAUCUAUCUGAUCCGGAAAUUGCCGAUCUUGCUGAACAUGCUCCAGCGUUGUUGAGCUCGUUCAUCCAAAAGCUCGAGAGUCUUUAUAUGACUAUCGCGGAGCGUGAUCCCAGAGAUCCUGCGUUGCAGCUGAUGCCGCUGGUCUCCAAGAGAGCCAAGGAUAUGAGGACCGCUCUGAUCGGUAUGGCAUGA